UGGAUCUCCAUUGAGGAUCUCUUGACGUUGCUCCUUAUUUUUCCAGAUAUUAAACCUUGGGGGAGGAUCCUUGAGUGCUGUCGCACAACUACGGUAGACUACAGACUGUACUUUCCGCCUGGCGCUGUUUGAGUUAACGCUAAGGCAGGCAGCGGAGGGUCCACACCAGGAUACUCAAAAAUAGCCUUCAAAGGCGAUUAGGUAUGCCGGUUAGUGACGGAGGGGCUCCGCAGGGCUCUACGUAGAGAUGAGGAUUCCUCCGGUGUGGGCGCUGGGCGCUUGCCAGACUGGGUGAAGUGAAAAGUGAGAGGGAAACCCGCUGAGAAAAACCACCACCUGGGACUGCUGAGGAGGACCUCUGUGCAGGUUCACACAGCCGUCGGCAGGGUGGAGCUUCCUGACCCAUGGAGAAUUACUUCCAGGCCGAGGCCUUCAACCUGGACAAGGUGCUGGACGAGUUUGAGCAGAACGAAGAUGAGACAGACAAUCCCAUUCUCUCGGAUGCCAAGUGGACCCAGAUCCUGGCCCCGCCAGCCCACCUGCUCUCUCUGAACCCCGCCCUGGCCCACACAGACCUCAGCCCCCAGGAGAGUCCUCUGCCCUUCAAAACCCUCCCAGACUCCUCCUCCAGCGCCUCCCCAGGGGGCGACCCUAAAAGACACCCCGGCCCCGAGCCUCCGUCCUGGGUAGAGGAGAGGCCGGCGGACGUCCACAGCCCACCCCUGCCCCAGCCCAACAUCGGCAAGCUGGUAGGCACAGACGACCUCUCGCCGCCACCUGUGACGGCCUGUACUGCAGUGGAGAAUGGCUGCCCCGCCAGCCCUGCAAGCCCACAACUGGAUGGGCUCAGCAAGGAGAUCAAUUCUCCCGCAGACAACCAGCCUAGUGCUUCUGACCAGGAGGCUAAACCUAAUCAGGAGGAGAGAGCCAUCUCAGCAGGAGGAGGAGGAGGCUCCACUGUCAGUCACACUCACUUUACCUUUGAGCUUGGAUUAGAGCACAGAGAAGAAACUCUGUCUCCGAAAAUUCAUCCAAAUGUGGAACCAACAACACAAAAUGGGGAAGAUGUCAAAGAGGAGGACAGAACAGCUGUUUUCCAGGACAAUGGCGAGGAAAAACAAACUGCAAACUUAAAAGAGGAGGAGGUAGAAAGUCUCCUGCAUAGGGUGAGAGAUGUUCAGGCUGGUUGUGAGGUGGUGGAGAAUGGUUUAUCUCCUCCUGGCAGGAUCAGAGUGGACGAGAAGGAGAGGAGAUGUAGUCCAGAGGCACAGGUAGACCAACUCCUCAGAGUAACAAGCCUUCCUAAUGGUUUGGAGCAGGAGAGCAGUAGCCAUUCCAAACUUAAGGAGACCGAUGAGGAGGAGGAGGGGGAGGGGAGUUUUUCUCCCUCUCCCGUCCCCUCCAAAGAGGACUCGGUUACUGAGGAGAAAGAAAUGGAGGAAAGCAAGCAAGAAGGCGUUGACGGAGGUGCAGUGGGGUCAGGUAGCAUCCAACCAAAACUCAACAACAAUCGUCUGCAGCCGGUCAGUGUUCCUUACGGAGGAGCACGACCAAAGCAGCCGGUCAGCCUCAAGCUUCAGAUCCCACAGCCGCUGUCGGGCCAGGUCCAAAACCAGCUCGGCCCGUCCAUCGUCGGCAAGAACAAAAACCAGGAGAACCAGUGUCGGAGAGGCACACCUUCUGAAACUACGCCCAGUGGGACUGAUCAGAGUGCGGUUGGGGUAAAUGGAGAUGGUGUUGUCCACUCUCCUCCCCUGAUGCCUUCAGAGAGCCCAGACAAUGACCUCCAGGCAGGCCAGCAGGGCACGCUGUGCAGGAAACCUGUCAGCUCCCUGGGAGAGGUCGCCCCUGUGUGGGUGCCCGACUCCCAGGCCCCUGUCUGUAUGAAAUGUGAAGUCAAGUUCACCUUCACCAAGAGAAGGCACCACUGCAGGGCGUGCGGCAAGGUGUUCUGUGCGACGUGCUGCAGCCUGAAGUGCAGACUCAUGUACAUGGACAGGAAGGAGGCUCGCGUUUGUGUCACCUGUCACUCUACUCUGACCAAUGUUCAAUCAUGGGAGACACCGGCCACUGGAAGCAACCAGAGUCCGAACCCCAACAACCCAGCAGAGUACUGCUCCACCAUCCCCCCACUGCAGCAGGCCCAGGCCUCUGGGGUGCUCAGCUCGCCUCCUCCUACCGUCAUGGUGCCCGUGGGAGUCCUGAAACAGACUGGCAACGAAGGGACCCUGACACGGGAACAGAGGAGGGUUUGGUUUGCUGAUGGGGUGCUACCUAACGGCGACACAGCAGAGUCCCCCAAACCUCUGACUUCCAGCCCAGCCCCCUCCCAGUCACUGGCCAUCUCAAACAAAUCCUCCACUUCAGAAUCCUCAGAGGCGGCCCAUACCCCUGUUGCCCCGGUGGGCAGCCCCGUGGGCAGCUCCCUCAGUCUGAUCCCGGAGGACGGGCUCCCUCCCAUCCUCAUCUCCACCGGAGUCAAAGGAGGUACGGGAGGCCACAUCACAGACUAUGCCGUGGAGGAGAGACCGUCCGAGAUCGUCCUCAUGCAGCAGCUGGAGGAGGGAGGUCCAGACCCCCUGGUCUUCGUGCUCAACGCUAACCUGCUCGCCAUGGUCAAGCUAGUCAACUAUGUAAACAGGAAGUGCUGGUACGUGACGACGAAGGGCAUGCACGCCGUUGGCCAGGCGGAGGUGGUCAUUCUUCUCCAGUGUCUACCUGAUGAGAAAACCAUCCCGAAAGACAUCUUCACCCACUUUGUGCAGCUCUACCAGGAGGCCCUCAGUGGCAACGUGCUGAGCCACCUGAGUCACUCAUUCUUCACGCAGAGCUUCCUGGGCAGUAAGGAGCAUGGCGGCUUCCUCUACAUCAGCCCCUCCUUCCAGUCGCUGCAGGACCUGCUGCUGCCCAACCCGCCCUACCUCUUCGGCAUCUUGAUACAGAAGUGGGAAACGCCCUGGGCCAAGGUCUUCCCCAUCCGCCUCAUGCUGCGGCUGGGCGCAGAGUAUAGAUUUUACCCGUGUCCACUGUUCAGUGUUCGCUUCAGAAAACCGCUCUUCGGAGAGACUGGUCACACUAUCAUGAAUCUGCUCGCAGACUUCCGUAACUACCAAUACACACUACCAGUGGUGAAAGGUCUGGUUGUGGACAUGGAGGUGAGGAAGACGAGCAUUAAGAUCCCCAGUAACCGUUACAAUGAGCUGAUGAAGGCCAUGAACAAGUCCAACGAACACGUGCUGGCGAUGGGGGCGUGCUUCAACGACCGGGCCGACUCCCACCUGGUGUGCGUCCAAAACGAUGACGGGAACUACCAGACGCAGGCCAUCAGCAUCCAUCACCAGCCCCGCAAAGUUACUGGAGCCUGUUUCUUUGUGUUCAGUGGUGCUUUGAAAGCCUCAUCGGGCUUCUUAGCCAAAACCAGCAUUGUGGAAGACGGUGUGAUGAUCCAGAUCACAGCUGAGACGAUGGACUCUCUACGGCAAGCCCUGAGGGACAUGAAGGACUUCACCAUCACGUGCGGUAAAGUUGACCAGGAGGACAACCAGGAGCUCGUCCACAUCCAGUGGACGGAGGACGAUCACAACUUCAACAAGGGUGUCAUCAGUCCGAUCGAUGGGAAGUCUAUGGAGUCCAUCACCAGCGUCAAGAUCUUCCACGGCUCCGAGUUCAAAGCCAACGGCAAAGUGAUCCGCUGGACAGAGGUGUUUUUCCUCCAGAGUGAAGAUCAACCCAACGGUCUGAGCGACCCGGCCGACCACAGCCGGCUGACAGAGAACGUGGCGAGAGCUUUCUGCAUGGCGCUCUGUCCGCACCUGAAGCUGCUGAAAGAAGACGGCAUGGCUAAACUGGGACUGAGAGUCACACUGGACUCUGACCAGGUGGGUUACCUGGCAGGAAGUAACGGCCAGCCUCUGCUGCCUCAGUACCUGAGCGACCUGGACAGCGCUCUGAUCCCCGUCAUCCACGGCGGGGCGUGUCAGCUGAGCGAGGGCCCGGUGGUCAUGGAGCUGGUUUUCUACAUCCUAGAGAUCAUCUCCUAGGAGUCCUUGCAGCUUCACCUCCAAACACUUGUUUUUUUUUCCUUUCCGACGUCAUCUCACAACCAACCAACUCAUCUAUCUCCCUUCAAUCAUUUGCACUUCGAAAAGAGCCCGAAAAACUGUGGCGUGCCAGGCGGGGUAGCAUUCCUCAAGUCAAACCUAUGCAUCCGACCGCCGUCCGUUCUGCUCCAGAGGCCGCCUGGGGCCUGAGGAAGCUCCGAGCAGGAUCAUCUGUCAUGUGUCCCGUCUGCCUGAACCUCAGCUGACAGGUACUCCUGAUCUCUGGUGUUCAUCGAGGUGCUCUGAACAGGAAAUGAACGCCAGAGAUCAUAAUGUCUGACCCCAGCGUGGCGUUACAGAACCUAUAAACCGUGUUAACCCCUGAAAAAAUUAAGUUUUAUUGUUUACACAUCAUUUAUGUGGCUUUUUAUUGACAAGGAACAGCAGAAAAAGUGCCUCUCUACUGAUCAAUACUAUUAAUUAUUAAAAAGUUAAAUUAAAAAUGGUUUCUGUCAAUGGAGUUUGGUGACUUUGACAAGAUUUCUUUUUAGGUGGCUAAAAUACAUUUAGUUGCUCCCGUCCACAGCAGUACAUUAAUUAGUACUGCUACCUGCUUGGCCGACCGCCAUCAACUGUAGGUAAUACACUGACUAUAAUUAAGUACCUCGUAAAAAAAAAAUAUAAGCUAUCCCUUUAAAGGGUCUUUUCUUUUGAUCAUUGUCAAAAAAGCCACUUCAAAUCCACUUUGAAUCAAUGUUGUAGAACAAUUAAAAUUGAGAAAGGGUGAACACUUUUCAUAGGUGUUGUAUGUAGCUCACCCAUCACUCAGCGUCACUGUGGCAGCCGGGGGGUCCUGAAGCACUGAACUCUGGGGCCUCUGUGUAGCACGGAUGCUUUUGAACAAGGGAGACCCGAUCCACCGCUGCAAAGUCCGGACUUUUUCCUCUGAAGUUAAAAAGGAAAUCUACAAAUUAUGAAACGAGGAGUUGGAAAGGUGCGUCGUCUGUGUGUUGAUUUUUUUUUAAAAUUAAUAUCUUAUUUUAUUUUUUUGCACCGUGGUGCUCAGUGCCUGCAGCAGCGAUUCAUCAAGCAGAGAAAAAAGGAACAUUUAGCUUCACCUCUUUAAGCUUUACUCAUCAAUCACCAGAUGCUUUACUUCAUGGAUAAAUCCAUUAACCUGCUGUACAUAUUUUUUGUAGGCGUAUUAACUUCUCCUCCAUUCUAACUCUGCAUCUGUAGCCUCCAGAGAUAAAGACAGUGUUACUGAAGUCACAGACUCCUCAGACUGUGAAAUCACGUUACGUAAAGCCUUUUUUGUCUGACAGUAGACGGCUGAUUUAAAAAAGAAAAAAAGAAGAAAAAAAAGGUUCCAAUGCUUUACUGAUAAACUCGAUCUGAACAUAAAGCUGAAAGAGGGAAAUCCGUUUUUAAAUCUCAUCAAUCAUCAGCUUCGACAUCAUCGCAGCUUGUUGUUUGUCCUGCAGUGGUUGGAAAGCCACUCGAGUUAUUUUAAAGAAGAUGUAAAGAUAUAUAAAUGAAUAUAUAAAGAACUGUAUUAAAUUGCAGAAGCAGUGCACUGGAUUCUAAGCCAUUAACAGGAGAGUGGAAGCGAGCGUCGGGGUCGCCGCUGGGACCCGGAAGACGCGGCAGAAAAGUAAAAGUUCAGUGUUUGAAAAGAUCCGGGGGGUUCCUGCAGAAACAAGAGUUUGAUUGACCUGAAGCUGAAUGUAUUUCAUCUCACAUUUCCCUGCAACGUUCUCACCCUGAAAUCAUGAACAUCCCGCUCCAGACUUUUCAAAACUGUUUCAGACCUUCGUAGGAACCUCAACAGUUAUCUAUGAAACGGAUCGCUGCGGCGCGUCUCUUUCUGCUCUGGACUGCGCUCUCCUUCAGCAACACGGACCUGGAAAAAAAAUUAAAAGAAUGUAUUCCUCCUGUUUCUGUUUAAAAUCUGCAAAAUGUGUGUUUUGUUUCUGGCUAGACUAAUCACCAAAAACCACCUUCUGUCAUGUCAAAAUGCUCUGUACAGUAAUCAUUCUGCAUCGUGACAGUUUCUCCAUCUUUAAUCAUGCUAAUAUUAAAACCAGAAGGGGCUACACACACACACACACACACACACACACAAACUACUACUGUUGAUACAGUUUUGUUUGAAGCAUUUCAUCGGAGAGAAAAACAAUCUCGUCAUCACAAGUGAGAAGACAAUCACAUGAAAAUCUGCAGACGAGCCGACGCUUCUGAAUUAGACCCGUAGCUGUUCUGUAUUCGUUUAUUACUCAAUUUGAAGUAUUUUAGGAGCUACUGUAGCAAAGUAACGUUAGUGAAGCUGAUUUAAAAAUGUUCAGUAAAGACUGAAUGAGAGGUCAAAAGGUCGCCAGGUCUGGGUUUAUUACUGUGAUCAUACCAGAGCUGGCGUAUCUCAAUCACUGUGUCUUCACUGUGUGACAUUCAUCAGUUCUGUUUUUAUAAAUUAGCAUUAAUGAAGAGGAGACGUGAGGAAUUAUAUUUCUGAUUCUAUUUUUUUUUUUUUGAGGGGGGCGUUAUCUGACGUGUGCAAUAUGUCCUAAAAAUCCAAAAGAGAAAAAAAGGUGCAAUUUGUUUGACUGAUAAAGUAGCAUUUUUUUUUCUUUAUAUAUUCAGUUGUGAGAUGUUGCUAUCCAAACUUAUAACACUGCAUGCAAACAAGCUUGAAACGGUGAAGACAGCAAAACAACUUUGCAUUUUAACAGUUAUAUCUUCUAGUUUGUGGAUGAAAGUUUUUAAAAAAAGAAGAAAAAAAAAUACAGUCAUUCAGUUCCGUCAUUAACUGGGUUUACUUAAAAUAAUUUUCUUUUCUUUUUUUUUUAAAUAAACAUCAGUCAAAAAUGUUUGAAAAGCCAAAAACCCUGUUCAUCUUCUUUUUCCUUUACACUACAAAUGUCAAGAAAGUGGUCUUUAUCAAAAAACUGUAGUAUAUGUAAAAUAAAAACUUAUAGAAAAUUGAAA